AUGCAAGUGCUGAUCUCGCGUAUGUCGCCUCAGCAGGCACAGGCAGCACAGACGGUGCUGAAUGAACAGCUGAUGUAUCAAGCUAGGGGUGUUCCCGAUCGGUUUGGUGAAAGACCGGUACAUCCUGAUGCUCGUCAGGGUCAGUUUGCUCCAGGAGCACCUUCGGGAGUGUUGCCUUGUCAGGCUUACCAGUCGCCACAAGUGAACCAGCAGAGCUUUGAGAGUCGGGACGUCUUCUCCAGGGCGGACAAGUGGCUAGGUCAACCACCGAGUGCUGGUGUUGAGAAGUGGACUUCUAGAGAAGUGGAGAUUGCUGGGUUUUCCGACUACAUUGUUGCCCUUCAGUCGUGGGCAGCAUUGGCCAGCAUGACGUUUGCUGAAGAGAUCUCUUGUGCUGUUAAGUGGCCUGAAGUCAUUUGGCAGCAGACGUUGUCUGAAGAUCAGAAGGUGAGAUCAGUGAGGCUGUUCGGGAUCUUGAGAACUGCUUUUGCGGGGCAAGCGCGCGCAAUGCUCAUGAUACAAGCGUUUGGUGAAGGGUUGCCACUUGAUAACUCUGUCGCCGAUCCCGUGAGAUUUCUAGGAAACACUUCAUGUGGUUUUGAGUUGUUGCGUCAGCUUGGUCAACAGUUUUCUUUGAGAUCAAGGGCAGAAGCGCUGUCUAUGAGAUCUGAGCUGUUGGGACGCAUCUUCUCGAUGAAGAGCAGUGAAAUGAGUGCAGCAACGGUUGUAGGAGAUGUGAUCCGGAAGCUUGAUAUCGAAGUGGCACGUUUUUCGAAGCUUUUAGGAACACUGCCAUCGCAUUUGGACAGGCAAGGCCUGAGCAUUGCUGACGGAGACAUGUUAGUGAUCCUUUUGCGUAGUUUGCCUGAGGAAGCGAAGAAGCAUGUGUUGCAUCACUCGGCUGCAGAUACCUAUCAGACCGCACGUCUUUCUGCCUUGAAGUACGAACAGCAACAGCGAUUGGUUUUGGAUUUGAACUUUGGACAUGGCAAGAAGCAUGUGAGUGAGCUUUUUGAUUUGACCAAGAGUGAUGGUGAUGAUCAGUAUGACAAAGCUUGGUAUGAUAACGGUGGUGAUUGGUAUCAGUGGGAUGGCUCGUGGAGCAUCGCCGCUGUGAACGAGGAACGCUGUGAUAGGUGUCUUGACGACGCGACUUGGGCCGACGACUCCUGGUAUGAAGGCUGGGAUCAGUGGGAUAGCAGUGCAGGUCAUGAGGCCUGGGGUAGCGCGGUCGCUGAGACUUCGAAGGAAGCCAAGCCAGUUGAGAACUUGCAGCUGCGUGCUGUGAUCUUUUCGCCGUUGCUUGUAAAUGAGAUCCUAGAGGACCCACAGGACUGCGAGUGGAGCUCACGUGUGCAGCAGGGAUUCUCAGCGGCCAACGGUAGUCCUGUGAAGAUGCUUGCUGAACGAACCAUCCGCGUUGAGAUUUUUCUUGAAUUGCCUGAUGGUACCAGUGAUUGGCGUGAAGCAAGCAUGAAUGUUUGGAUUGGCGACACAAAUCACAACAUCAUUUCCACGACCAUGCUGUGCCACCGUGGUUGGACCUUUUCUCAAUCGAGGGAGGGCAUCCACCUUGCGUCUGCUUCAGGCGCGUGUGCUAAGGAGAUCGUGCUUUUCUGUAAUGUGCCCUGGGUGCGUUUGAGACCUGUGGUGCAUCCGGAGUCGCCUGAGGGCGAGCUGUGUUUGGCGCCACUGACGCCUCAGGUCCCAGCUGUGCCGGUGUCUCCACUCACCCGUUCGAGUGAAGCGGAGUUGGCCCUGCACCGGUUGCAAGGUCAUACGGCAUACGCCCUAUCACCCCGGGUGCAAGCACUGCCAGGUGUCCAGAACGGAGAGACGAGAGGUCAGAUCGGACAAUUUCGUGUGCUUGUGAUGGUGGAACGGAUGUCGUCCAUGAUAGGAGCCAUCGUCACGUCUGACAACCUAGUCUCCAGCAGGACCGAUAUUGUGAGGUGGCUUCGUGAGUUUGGGCUUGAGUCGGGCACAUGUUCUAUCCUCAUGUUGACAGACGCAGAAGAAGCCGUGUCUGACUUGGUAGCCGGCGCCUCUGAUGAGUUUGUGUUUCAGGUCAGGAAAGCAGGUCCUCAGUGCCACGAGUCAAUUGGUGUUGCCGAGCGCGGGGUAAGGAGGAUUAAGGAGUCAUUGCAAACAUUGCGUAGUGACUUGAAUCAUGAAGGCCUGGACAUCUGCUUCAAUCACAUCGGUUUCAGUGCUGCUCUUACGUAUCUUUGCGGUAGCUUGAACAGGUUCUCGAAGGCUCAUGGGUCGGACCUUGCACCAUGUGACAUGCCUUUGCAGAGACCAACCCCCAAGGGCGCCUUCACUCUGUUUGGCGCUACGGUCUUAGCCGAGCUGCCGCAGUCGAUAAAAAAUCUGGGACCGAACCUACCCCGGUUUACGGAGGCUGCCUUCCUCUACCCGGUGUUGGGGUCCCAGGCCAUUCGUGUUGCUGCGCUGAUUCGACUUGAGGGCAGGUUGGAACUAAAGGUCUUUAACGCAAAAUCUGUGAAGGUAACGGUUCCGCUGACUUGGCGGCUUGAACUCGUGGAAGGAGUGAUUGCUCCCAUUGGUGGCGGACCCAGGAUUCCUCCUGUCCUUGAGCAUCGUGAAGUGCUUGAUCCUCCUGUGUCAGUCCGUGGGCCUGCAUCGGGGCCGCCUGUUGAGUGGUUGCGGCGUCAUGGGUACACGGCUCGAUGCCCAGCGUGCUCUAAUCUUCAAGCUGGCCGACGAGCAGGUCAGAAGCACGGUCGAGCUUGCCAGCAGAGGUAUGCUCAUUGGCUUCGGGAGUCGGUUGCUGGUGACGGCGCUGCCGUUGCGGAGGAUAGGGCUCGGACUGUGGACGCAGAUCCGACUGUGGCUCCUGACCAAUCUGGCCAGGAGAUGGCCGUGGAUCUUGGUGAUCAGGGUGAUGGCGCUCUGGAGGUACCGAGCGUUCCAGUGCAUCGGGCCUUGACCGUUCGGUGCAGCCGCAGGUUGUGCCUCAAAGGUCUCAGCCGGUUCUGCCCUCAAGUGCCCGUGUGA